AUCUCAAACUAAGUAUCAUUUUCUCAUUCUGAUUUAGUUGAUUAAUAAUCAUUUAUCAUCUCUAAGUUCAAAACAAUGGAUUCCAAUUUCAAGCCAAGCCCUUCUGAAGCACAUCCUGAAACAAUGGAUUUUCUCUCUAGUGCUUGGUGCAAUUUUGCAGUUCAAGCUCUCCAACCUGCAGAAUUACAAGACAAAUCCAUUGUUCUGUUGGAUAGCUCAAUGAAGAAGUUUGAGAGUGACAUCAAAGUUCCAUUUACAAAAAUGGACAAGAGCAUUAAGAUGGAUGGUGCAGAUUUUAAGUCUCUUCCUCCCUGGAAAUCCAAUGAUGUGAAGUCCUGGAUUUGGAUGCAACAAGCAAUGCAUCCCGAACUGAACUACAGCAGCUGCUUCCGGAAAAAAUGGCUGCCGUGGAAGAUAGUGCCGAUUAAGACUGUUUCGAUCAAGAAAUGGUUCAGAGAGUUCAAGCAAAAGCGAAAGGAAGAAGACCGGUUACAGAAGGCUGAAGUGCAUGCAGCAAUAUCAGUGGCUGGAAUUGCUGCGGCACUGGCUGCAAUUGCAGCUGAAAAUUCAAAGAAGGAUGACUCUGGCACAUCAAAGGAGGCUGCAGUCGCCUCUGCAGCUGCUUUGGUCGCGGCACAAUGCGCGCAGGUUGCAGAAGCGAUGGGGGCGAAAAGGGAGCAACUUAGCAGUGUACUAGGCUCAGCCAUGAGUGGUACAAGUGCAAGUGACAUCUUAACACUCACUGCUGCAGCUACAACAUCAUUAAGAGGAGCCGCAACUCUCAAGGCAAGAUCAGGAUGCAAGAACAGAUUAAACGGUGGCGCGCCUAUCCUGCCUAUCGAAGACAACAAUGAUCUCGACUUCAACUUCGAGAAGUGUCGAUCAAUACUAGCCAAAGGCACUGAACUUGGCAUUGAAUCACCUCAUGGAAAAUACAUGUUGAGAUCAGUUUCCAUCAUUCUAGAUAGCCAGGCUAAGGUCAUUCUUAAACUGAGGAAGCUUAAUCUGUUGAAAAGCAAGAAGGAAAGUAUCAUUCUCGACCUGCACGCGGAGCUGUAUAAAGAUGCAGAAGCAGAACAAGAGACUGAUACAUGUUAUCUUAUUGUAUUGACCACUAAUCUGGGUACAAUUAAGCUAGACAUGGCAGACGAUUAUCAGCGUUACAAGACAUGGGCGACAGUGAUUAAUCAUAUGCUUAUGCUUUCUACUAAUUUGACAAAAUACCAACUUCAAUUCUACAAAAACUGAAGUUACUGUACUUUGAUGAGACCUAAAUCAGUUUGCAUAAUUUAUAUUUCGUAGACUGUGUAAUUAACAUCAACUAUAUUGCAGUUGUUGCUUAAUACAUGAAUAUAUUGUUCUUUCUUAUCGCCUUUAACACGCGAAUAUGUCGCCCCUGAAGCAUUGUUUACAAAGUACAAUCAAAUAGGUCUAUGAACUGUAACUGGUAUGGAUUUUCUUCCCUCUAUUUCAUGUUACAUCCUGUGAAUAUGCAGCAAGAAGUCUGCAUACUCCAAAAAAAUAAAAAUCAAGUACAGUAUUGAUGUGUAAUGAAAGCAACAGCAGCAUGAAAUUAUUGAAAGGAUGUGAUAAUAUACUGGA